AUGGGAAGAGGAGAAGAACACACAAAGAUAGAAAUUGGUCUCUCUUUGCAUAUAGAUCAUGCCAAUAAUCGAAAAGAAGAAGCAAAUUCAGAUGGGCAAGAAGAAGAGGACGUGGAAGAAAUGACGACACAGAUACAGGAUAAGGAAGAAGCUACAGACGCCACAACUGAUCAUGAAAUAGAAGAUCAUGCAUCAGUACCUGAAAUAUCGUUGCAAGAGAACAACAAUGCACGUGAGUUGAAUGUUUUACAAAUGGAGAUGGAUCGCGUAAAAGAGGAAAAUAAAGAUCUGAGGAAAGUGAUGGAACAAACAAUGAAAGACUACUGUGAUCUACAAAUGAAAUUUGCUGUCAUUGAUCAAGAGAACAAUAAAAGAAAGGAUCUCUCACUUCAAGAUAACGCAAACACGAGCAGUGAAGGACCACCACCGACGAUUCCUGAGAUCUUUGAUAACAAAAUUCAAGCAUCUCCAUCCCCAAGAAAAAGUACUGAUGAUAAUAGUAUUAACGAUAAUGAAUUGAGUUUAUCACUAAGGUUGAGGACAAGCACAAGUCAACAAGAAAAGGAGGUAAAUAAAGAAGAAGAACUAUCAAGUUUUGCAUCAGCGCAGAAUAACAAGUUACGAAGGACUCAUGACUUGUCUGGUAUUAAUACGCAUGCUGCUUCUUCCCCUCAUAAUAGAAAAGCUAGGGUUUCAGUCAGAGCUAGAUGUGAGGACGCCAAAAUGAAUGAUGGGUGCCAAUGGAGAAAAUAUGGCCAAAAAAUUGCAAAAGGAAAUCCUUGCCCACGAGCAUAUUAUCGUUGCACUGUAGCCCCAGGAUGCCCCGUUAGGAAACAGGUGCAAAGGUGCAUGGAUGACAUGUCGAUACUAAUCACUACCUAUGAAGGAACACAUAAUCAUCCACUUCCUGUGGGUGCAACUGCUAUGGCUUCUACAGCUUCUGCAGGUGCUUCUUUUACGUUGCUAGAUUCAGAUAACACAUCAAGUUUCACCCAACCUUCUUUUCCUUACAAAAGCUUCCAGCAGCAUCACCCUUUAGAUCCAUCUUCCAAUAUUAGAAGCAUGAACCCUAAUGACCCCACCAAAGGGAUUGUUCUUGAUCUCACUAGUAAUAAUAUCCAUGAGCCACUCCGUUUUCAUAGUGGUAGCUCCUCCAAUGUGACAGCACAACAGCGUUUUCCUUGGAUGCAAAAUAAACACCAGAGUGGUAUAAAUAGUACUCUUGCAAUGAACAACUUUCAGAGCCUUAUUAGACCAGUGGAUCAUGAGAAGGUUUUGAAAGCAGAAGAACCUAAUUAUCUGGUAGCUGAUAAUGUUUCUGCAAUUGCCUCGGAUCCUAAGUUCAGGGUUGCAGUUGCAGCUGCCAUAACAUCACUAUUCAAUAAAGAAAGCCACGUUACUCAUACUGAAGAGACAUCUUUUGGUCCAAAGAGUGGACAAAAUGGAAGCUCUAGCAGCAGCAAUAAUUGGAUCAUAGAAUCUCUUUCGAGAAAUGGUAAGCACACUUGA